GUCGAUAUGUAGAAGUUCCCGCGCUCAUGUGGGUUUGUUUACUGUCAAUUAAACGUGAGUUAAAGUAGCAAGAAUGGGAAUUUUAGGAUUAGCGAAAGUUAUUGCUGAUAUCGCACCUAAUGCUGUAAAGGAGAGUGAAAUUAAACAUUAUUUUGGUAGGAAGGUGGCAGUAGACGCGUCUAUGAGCCUAUAUCAGUUCUUAAUAGCUGUUAGAAGCGAAGGAGCGCAGCUAACCUCUAUUGAUGGCGAGACAACAAGCCAUCUUAUGGGAACAUUUUAUCGUACAAUUCGUCUGAUUGAAAAUGGUAUAAAGCCUGUAUAUGUAUUUGAUGGUAAGCCACCGAAUCUGAAAUCGGGAGAGCUUGAUAAACGUGCUGAAAGAAGAGAACAAGCACAAAAGGAAUUGGAAAAAGCUGAAGAAGCAGGCGAUGUUGAACAAAUAGACAAAUUUAACAGAAGAUUAGUGAAAGUGACAAAAACACACACAGAAGAAUGCCAGCAGCUUUUGAAACUGAUGGGGAUUCCUUACAUUGUGGCACCUUGUGAAGCUGAAGCACAGUGUGCAGCCCUUGUGAAAGCAGGUAAAGUGUAUGCGACAGCAACUGAAGACAUGGAUGCUUUGACAUUUGGAUCAAACAUUUUAUUACGACGGAUGACCUUCAGUGAAGCACGGAAAAUGCCAAUUCAGGAGAUUCAUUUAAACAAAGUUUUGGAAGGCUUGGAACUCUCACGGGAUGAGUUUAUUGACCUGUGCAUCUUGUUGGGAUGUGAUUACUGUGACAGUAUCAAAGGCAUUGGCCCCAAACGUGCCAUCGACCUUAUAAAGCAGCAUCACAGUUUGGAAAAAAUUCUUGAGAAUAUUGAUACAAAGAAGUACCCACCACCAGAAGGGUGGAUGUAUAAGGAAGCAAGGCAACUGUUUUUAGAACCAGAUGUUGCUGAUCCAGAAACUAUUGAGCUGAAAUGGACUGAUCCAGAUGAGGAAGGUUUGGUGAAAUAUUUGUGUGGUGACAAACAAUUCAAUGAAGAUCGUGUGCGUAAUGGUGCAAAAAAACUGGCAAAGGGCCGGUCAGGGACAACUCAAGGUCGCCUUGAUACAUUCUUCAAAGUUUUACCCAGUACGAACAAUACCUCGCAGAAAAGAAAGAGUGAAGAAAAACCAGCUAGUGCAAAGAAGGCAAAAGGAGGAGGAGGGAGAGGACGUAGGCCAAAGUAAUUCCACUGUACUGUUGCCUAACAUGUCCAAAAUAAUGUUGCUCUUUAUUGAAGAUGUGUCUCCGAUUUGUAAUCGAACUGUAAAAUUUGAAAUAGGACUAAAACAUAUUAAAUCACUGUGUCUGUGACAUAUAUUGAAGUGAUUUUUGUGAUCUCAUAUCUUUUUGUAAUGAAUGGCAAUCUCUUCAAUCAUGUUGAUUUUUAAUUAAAUUAGACAUAAAAAUUAUAAUUGGAUCUGAAUUUAAAAUUGUGUGUGAAUGCUUUUAGAUGUGUCGUUCAGAUGUAGGUAUUUUGACGUUGUUAUAGUUACUGUAAUGCAACACAAUAAAUAACCUUUAAGUUCACCAACACUUCCUGUAAU